UUAUGCAUCCACAUCGUAGUCAAAAUGGCUGAUCGAUCGUUGUAGAAACGUCAGUCCUAGAAGAAAUCGCAACCUUUUGAUACAAAUGAUUUAAUUUUUAAGUUUAAUUAGUUAAAUAUUUAUUUGUUAUAGUUUUGUGUGUGAUUAGAGUGCGACAAGAUGACGGCGGAGGAGCGCGAGAUACCAGCGGAAGACAGUAUUAAAGUCGUAUGUAGGUUUCGGCCUUUGAAUGAUUCAGAAGAAAAGGCUGGUUCGAAAUUUAUAGUGAAAUUUCCAUCGGGACCGGAAGAAAAUUGCAUUUCGAUCGCCGGUAAAGUCUAUCUCUUCGAUAAAGUUUUUAAGCCUAAUGCAACUCAAGAAAAAGUAUACAACGAGGCAGCUAAAAGUAUUGUCUCGGACGUUCUGGCAGGAUACAAUGGUACGAUUUUUGCGUACGGUCAAACGUCAUCCGGUAAAACACACACGAUGGAAGGAGUGAUCGGUGAUCCGUCUAAGCAAGGUAUAAUUCCGCGCAUCGUCAACGAUAUCUUUAAUCACAUUUACGCUAUGGAAGAAAAUUUAGAAUUUCACAUAAAAGUGUCGUAUUUCGAAAUUUACAUGGACAAAAUUAGGGAUCUCCUCGACGUUUCUAAAGUAAAUUUAAGCGUACACGAAGACAAAAACCGAGUUCCUUAUGUAAAAGGUGCAACAGAACGUUUCGUUUCGAGUCCCGAGGAAGUAUUCGAAUCAAUAGAGGAGGGAAAAUCGAAUCGCCACAUUGCCGUCACAAACAUGAACGAACACUCGUCACGUUCCCACUCUGUAUUUUUAAUUAACGUUAAACAGGAGAACUUAGAAAACCAAAAGAAACUAUCGGGUAAACUUUAUCUGGUCGAUUUGGCGGGUUCGGAAAAGGUUUCAAAGACUGGCGCCGAAGGUACUGUACUCGACGAGGCGAAAAAUAUUAACAAGUCACUGUCGGCGCUCGGAAACGUAAUCAGCGCAUUGGCCGACGGAAACAAAACGCACAUACCGUAUCGAGAUUCCAAACUGACCCGUAUCUUACAAGAAUCUCUGGGAGGUAACGCGAGAACCACAAUUGUAAUUUGUUGCUCGCCAGCUAGCUUCAACGAAUCAGAAACGAAGUCCACCUUGGAGUUUGGAAAAAGGGCCAAGACUGUCAAGAACGUCGUGUGUGUUAAUGAGGAACUUACGGCGGAGGAAUGGAAACGGCGCUACGAAAAGGAGAAGGAGAAGGUCGGUCGGCUUAAGGGUCGAGUUGAGAAACUCGAAAUGGAGCUUAACCGUUGGCGAAGCGGCGAAACGGUUAAGGUGGAAGAGCAGGUGAACUUGCUCGAUGACGCUACGACUCCCGUCGCCGCGAUGGAGGAGAGCAUCGUCGAAACUAAUAAUCUAGGUCCAAUGCCAGCAACCCCCGCUUUAAUGAUAGGCUCUACGAUGAGCAGCGAAGAACGACAGAAGUUAGAGCAAGAAAGAGAGCGAUUGUAUCAACAGUUGGACGAGAAGGACGAAGAGAUUAAUCAGCAUAGCCAAUAUGUAGAAAAAUUAAAGGAUCAAAUUUUAGAGCAAGACGAGCUUAUAGCUAGUACGAGACGCGAUUACGAAGCGCUUCAAGGUGAGAUGAAUCGUAUUCAACAGGAGAACGAGUCCGCCAAAGAGGAGGUUAAAGAAGUACUGCAAGCUCUCGAGGAGCUCGCUGUUAAUUACGAUCAAAAGUCGCAAGAGGUUGACGCUAAGAAUAAGGAGAUGGAAUCAUUAUCCGAAGAGUUAAUGCAGAAACAAACAUCUCUGAAUACGACGGCUUCCGAAUUACAGCAACUGAAAGACAUGAGCACCCACCAAAAGAAGCGAAUCAGUGAUAUGCUUACGAACCUUCUUAAGGAAUUGGGCGAAAUCGGUGCUACAAUAGGAGGCGACGGUGCAGACUUAAAAAUUUCCAACGACGCAGCUAAAUUGGAGGAGGAAUUUACCGUGGCCCGCCUGUACAUCUCGCGUAUGAAAAGCGAGGUGACGAACCUAACGCAGCGGCUUCACGAGCUCGAGGGAUCUCAGCAGGAUAGCAAUCGCAAGGUGACCGACUACGAGAAGGAGCUCAGCGAGUGUCGAUUGCUGAUCUCGCAGCACGAGGCGCGCAUGAAAAGUCUUCAGGAGUCGAUGCGCGAGGCGGAGAAUAAGAAGCGCACCCUGGAGGAGAGCGUCGACGCACUUCGCGAGGAAUGCGCCAAGUUAAAAGCGGCCGAACAGGUUUCAUCUGCGAGCGAAAGCGAAAAGAAAGAGGCAGCGCAAUUACGUGCAGCUCUUGAACAACAAAUGGACCAAUUGCGAGAUGUCCAUCAAAAACAGGUGGCGGCGCUUCGUGACGAGAUUGCCGAGAAACAACAACUUAUCAACGAUAUCAAAGACUCGAACCAAAAGCUAAUGCUAACGCAACAGCAAUUGCAAUCCGACUAUGAGAAGGUCAAGGCGGAAGAAACGGAUAAGUCCAACAAAUUGCAGGAACUCAUUUCUACUAACGAGCGUCGUGAACAAGCGCGAAAGGAUCUCAAGGGGCUCGAAGAUACAGUUGCUAAAGAACUUCAGACUUUACAUAAUCUCCGUAAACUGUUCGUGCAAGAUUUACAGGCCCGAAUUAAAAAAGCUAUCACUUCCGACGAUAACGAAGAGGACGGAGGAUCUUUGGCGCAGAAGCAGAAAAUCUCAUUCUUAGAAAAUAAUUUAGAUCAACUCACGAAGGUGCACAAACAGUUGGUGCGCGACAACGCCGAUUUGCGGUGCGAGCUACCAAAGUUGGAGAAACGUCUGCGCGCCACGAUGGAACGUGUCAAAGCUCUCGAAUCCGCACUGAAGGAAGCCAAAGAGGGUGCUAUGCGCGAUCGUAAAAGGUAUCAAUACGAGGUGGACCGUAUUAAGGAGGCGGUCCGACAGAAGAACCUCGCGAGGCGUGGUCCUGUUGCUCAAAUUGCGAAACCGAUCCGUGCCGGUCAACAGCAUCACGCCAUUAUCGGUGGUACUAAUGCAGUUCGUCCUAUGGCCAAAGUUAUUAAUAGCGACGAUGGUCAAAAACGCAAAUCUAUUAUUGCCACUGGAAAUAAAGGUGAAUGAUGAGUGCUGAAACAACUAUCCGAAGCUGAAAUGGUGCAUUAAUUAGAAGUAGUGAAGGAACUUGAAAAAAAAGUAAUACCAAAUAUAUUACUACUAAUACGGCUGCGUUUUAAGUUUUUUUAUGCAAACUUCCCCGGCAGUUAUUAAAAAUGAACGCCCGGCUAAUUUUGCGUAAAGACACUUAUUUAUACGUGCUUACUCGCUUAUUUUAUUCUAGUAUAAGGUGCACUUUUCAACUAUGUUUCCUAAGCAGAUUGCUCUCAUUAAAAUGUUGAGCAGUUAGCUUCGAAAAUAUUUUUAAAGUUAAACGCUGUUGUUGUCACCACAUCAUAGAUGUAGCAGGGGUCUUAAAUCGGUUUCUUUUUUAUAAAGCUUAUGUGGUUGUACAGUAAUCGAUGGUAUAACUGAUAUUUUACUACUUUACUGUGUUAUUUAUUGGCAGUGGUGUACAAUAAUUGUUGGAAUUACAAGUGCAAUGUAUUUAUUGAGAUAAAAGGAGACACUUUCCAGUGAAUUUGCACCGAGUUAGUGCUUGUUAUGAAAUGUCGCCACGUCUAUACCCCAGUACUUUUCUUUUCUUUGAGCAAAACUGACAAUAGAUUAAUGGGUGAAAUGCGCACGGACCGAUACUGGAAAAUGGAUCUAUUAGUAGUAGCAAAGCACUCUUUAGUUAAAUUAAUACAACACUAGUAUAAUUUUCUAGUAAAUUUAUAUUUUCCUACUAAAGUACGUCUUUCUUCCUUUGUACAGUAGCUAAAUUAUUUUCGAUUUAUUUAUAUUUGAUUGUAUAAAUUAUGUGCUUUUUAAUUUUAUUAAAUAUUUUGUGUUACGUU